AUGGCCACCGCCGCUCCGCCUGUGCCCAAGCUCGACCGUUAUGUGGUCAUCCACGUUGCAACCACUUGUGACGAACAUGGCGUCUAUGUGACCAAAGAUUCGGCUGAAGUAAUUGAACUGGGUUGGAUCUUGCUUGACAGCAAGACCUGUGACGAGAUCUAUCGAGAAAGCGUCCUCGUCAAACCAGUUAACACUCCUAUCACGCCGCUCUGUACCAGCCUCACCACUUUGACCUGGGAACAUGUCCACAAUGCCGGCUCCUUCCGGGACGCCGUGACUCGGUUUGACCAUUUUGCUCAGGAGCAUCUUAUAUCCAAGAACCUGGAGUUCUCCUUUGUGACACUGGAUUCCUGGGACUUGCGGGUUCAAUUGCCCCGAGAGGCUCGCGACAAGGCAGUCGUCCUACCACCUUACCUGCAACACUCCCGAACCUUUGACCUGCGCUCAGAGUACGCCCGUUGGCAACAGCACCAUCCCGAGUCCCUGCCAUUCGGUCCCAGCUCUCUAGCAAACAUUUGUGCUGCUCUCGAGGUGGAACCGGUGCAAUCUUCGGCUCCGAUCAAGCAUAAUCUGCCUUUUCAUCUGCAGGCCCUGGCUCCUGCGUCCCCUCGUCGGGCCAUGGAGGAGGCCGUCACGCUUGCCAGGGUUUUGAGAGGCCUCAUCCGGAAGUCUCAGCCCGCACAUGAGCAUCCGGAUGUCUUGACUCGCCCCAUGGAUGCCAGAGCCGACGUCAACGCCUUUCUCAAGGAGCGCAGCAAGGUCCUGCACAUGAACGGUCUGCCGCACGACACAACCCAGUCGGAACUUGAAAGCUGGUUUACUCAAUUUGGAGGGAGGCCAAUUGCCUUCUGGACUCUUCGUACUCCGGAUCAGCAUAAGCCUACAGGAUCAGGUUUCGCGGUCUUUUCUUCACAUGAAGAGGCUGCCGAAAGUCUCUGUAUGAACGGACGCGCUCUUAACGAAAAGGCCAUCGAGGUCUCACCUUCAUCUAGCCGCGUCCUCGACCGUGCCGCCGAAAUUCUUACGCCUUUCCCUCCAAGCAAAAACCGACCACGGCCGGGUGACUGGAACUGUCCUUCUUGUGGCUUUUCCAAUUUCCAACGCCGGACCGCUUGUUUCAGGUGUUCAUUCCCCGCAAAUGCCUCAGGUGGUGGAGAUCCUUAUGGCUACAACACCUACGGCUAUGGACCACCUCAUAUGAUGGGACAUCAUCCUCACAUGGGACAUCAUGGACACGGCAUGGGACACCAUGGUAGAGGUGGAGCUGGUGUUGUUCCUUUCCGCGCUGGCGAUUGGCGAUGUGGUGCAGAAGGGUGCUCGUAUCACAAUUUCGCCAAAAACGUCAACUGUUUGCGCUGCGGUGCUCCACGUUCUGGUGCCGCAGUUGUUGUCGACUCUGCCUACCCAUCUCCAAUGGGUCCUCCAUCUGAAUUUGGAAUGGGGCCGGCGUCGAUGACGAGCACUCCAGGGCCCCCGUAUGGCGCUGGCGCAGCUGCUUUCGGUUCUGGUGCUGCAUUUGCUCAACCACCACCGAGUCAAUACGGUAUGCCUUCUGGUAUGGGUGCUCCAGGAGCCACUUUCCCACAGAUGGGUGGGAUGACUCCUGGCUAUGCCUCUAGCAACAUGUCUCAUUCUUCUUUCGGUCCUGCUGCUCAGGCCGCCUUCAGUGGCGCAGCCGAUACCACCACCCCUGGAAACCCUCCGCAGAACGGCUUCUAUGGCAAUGAACCAAACGCAGAUCCCUUCGCAUUCCUUUCUGCUGGUUUGGGCAACUUGAGUGUGGGCGAUGAAAAUCAGACCCCUCGUCGCAAUGGUGGCCCUCAGAGUGCCAAAAGUCCAGCAUAA